AUGAAGAGGCUUCCCUUUGGCUGCGACUCUCGGACCCAGCACGUGCUCCUGUUUCCCCUUCAUGCCCCACUGCUCUCCGUGCCUUAUGUGAAGGUGGCGCCAGAAGACAUUUUGAAAGUGCAGUUUCCUCGCUUCACCACAUUAGAUCUGCGGCCCACCAACACAGACAUCAGCCUGGCGGUGGCCGGCCUCCUCACCUUCUAUAACAGCACCACAGCCUGCCUCAUCUGUGCACAGGCCGACUGCUUACUGAACCUGGAGCAGCUCCUCAGGCAGUUCCUCAUCUCCAAGGAGACGCUGUCGGUGCGCAUGCUUGACGAGAGCCAGGACCCGACCCCGCUCCUCAAGGAGAUCCGGGACGACAAGACCGCCACCAUCAUCGUGGACGCCAAUGCCACCAUGUCACAUAUCAUUCUAGAACGGGCGUCUGAGCUGGGAAUGCUGUCAGUCUACUACACUUACAUCUUCACGUCUCUGCGCGCUCAUCAACGCAACACCUCACAUUUUGUCACUGGACAGAGGUCUUCAACUUGA